UCAUCUCCGAUCUUCCGGUUACCUGAUCCACCCCCACAGAAAAGAAAAUAAUCAAGAAGCUUGCCUGUUUUUCGACUGACAAUUCUCCUUUUGCAAUGGCGACUACAAUGGGAAAGUCAUUUCGGGUUUAUCAUAAAGUUGGCCCACCCUAUUCUGUCAUUCUUGAAGCAAGGAAUAAACAAGAAACACUUCUUUUCGAGUCGGACGCAGUCGCCGUGCUGAGCAUUCCAGAGACUGAGAGUUUGAGAAAGCAGUACCAGAAAAUGACUGAUGCGUAUGGAUGCUUGGGAGCUCUUAGACUGAGUGUUGGCGAUGAAUCGCUUCUCUACCUUGUUCUCGUCACGGGAUGCUCCUCCGUUGGCAAGGUGCAAGAAUCUGAAAUCUUCCGCAUCACUUCCACCCUCUUCAUCUCGUUACGGAACAAUUCCAGCGACGAGGACCGCAUCACGGAGGUCCGAAAGCUUCUCAACUCUGGCACCUUCUACUUCUCGUGGUCGGCGUCGACGACGACGAGGUUCGAUCUCAGUCUAUGUGCGCAACGGCAGAAACAGGAUCACGUUUCGGAUAAUAGGUUCUUCUGGAAUCGAUCCUUACACCUCCACCUGCAGCGAUUCGAUGUGAACUGCUCCGACUGGUUGUUAAAGACCAUGUGUGGAGGGGUGGAGGUACGCACGGUCUACUGUGGUACAAGACAGGCGAAAGCUUGCAUCGUCUCGAGGCUGAGCUGCGAGAGGGCAGGGACUAGGUUCAACGUCAGAGGGACCAACGACGACGGCCAUGUUGCAAAUUUCUGUGAGACGGAGCAGGUGAUAUUCCUGGACAAUAAGGUCACAUCUUUCAUUCAGACGAGAGGAUCGGUACCCUUGUUCUGGGAGCAGCCUGGUAUAAAUGUCGGAGUCCACAAGGUCAAGAUGUCGAGAGGGUUUGAGGCGUCGGCUCCAGCAUUUGACAGGCAUCUUACCAUGGUGAAGGCUCACUAUGGCGACCAAGUCAUCGUCAACUUGCUAGGAAGCAAAGAAGGAGAAGACAUGCUCAGUAAAUCAUUCCAGAACCAUCUUAAAGCAUCGUCGCACGACCAAGAUACUCCUCACAUUCUAUUUGACUACCAUCAGAUGUGCAGAGGCAAAGUGGAUAACCUCCCUCUUCUCAAGAAAAAGGUUGCCACGGAGAUGGACCAGUUUGGUUUCUUUUUCAGCGAGGGAGGAGAAGUCAUCCGGCAGCAGACUGGAACGAUCAGGUCAAACUGUUUAGAUUGCUUAGACAGGACUAAUGCAGUGCAGACCUUCUUUGGGCAAGACAUGCUGGCUAAGCAGCUAGAAGCCCUCGGAGUGUCCAGUAAACCUCAGAUCAUGUCUAGAUUCUUAGAGACAUACAAGACCAUAUGGGGUUUGAGUGGUGACCAUAUAAGCAGGAUAUACGCCGGUACAGGUGCAUUAGAAGGCAAGACAAAAGCGGGUAAGCUACGAGACGGUGCGAGGUCGGUGACCCGGACCAUCCAAAACAACUUCUUUGAUGGCACCAAGCAGGAAUCUAUAGAUGUCCUUCUACUUGGGAGCUCCUUAGUAGGGAGUCUGGCCAACAAGGCUAGUUCACUCCUCCCUAGCAGCCAUUUACAUGCUUCUCCUGACAUCCUUCAAGGUGUGUGUGAGAGAGAGGGGGACUUCACAUCAAGCUCACGUUUCAGGAUCUGUGUGGGCACAUGGAAUGUGAACGGAGGCAAGAACUCGCACAACAUUGCAUUCAAGAACGAGUCUCUCACUGACUGGCUUCUUGAUAACCCACAGAUAGUGGAGGAAACUAACCAAGGUUGCUCGGAGACGGGGGUUGACUAUUCUGUUCCCAAUGACAUCUAUGCUAUCGGCUUUGAAGAAAUGGUGGAUCUGAAUGCAGGCAAUAUCAUCAGUGCAAGCACAACAAACCAAAGAAAAUGGGGCGUGGAGCUUCAGAAGUCGCUCUCCAGAGAUCACAAAUAUGUUUUACUAGUGUGUGAACAGCUUGUUGGGGUGUGUCUCUACAUCUUCAUCCGACCUCAGCACGCACCUUUCAUCAGGGAUGUAGCAGUGGACACGGUCAAGACUGGACUCAAGGGGGCAGCAGGCAAUAAAGGGGGCGUGGCAAUCCGGUUCGUGUUCCAUGGGACGUCCAUGUGCUUUGUAUGUGCCCAUCUAGCCGCUGGCCAGUCGCACAUCAAAGAUCGGAAUGACGAUUACGCGGAGAUCAGCUCCAAGAUCAUGUUCCCUAUGGGUCGUACGUUAGAGAGCCAUGACUAUGUUUUCUGGUGCGGAGACUUCAACUAUCGGAUCGACAAAGACAACGACGAGGUGAAGGACCUCGUGGCCAUCCAUGAUUACGAGGCUCUCAAAGAAUGUGACCAACUCUUGCUAGAGAGACGCAAAGGCAAUACAUUCCAAGGGUUUGCAGAAGGUACCAUCCGCUUUGCACCGACCUAUAAGUACGACCUCUUCUCGGAAGAUUACGAUACCAGCGAGAAGAUGCGGACACCGGCCUGGACGGAUCGCAUCCUAUGGAGGAGACAUAAACCGUUCUACUUCAAACAAACCUCCGAUAAUCCGUUUGAAGUUUUUCCUGAUAACUGGGACUCGGGUCGUGUAUUGCACUAUGGUCGUGCUGAACUGAAGACAUCCGAUCACAGACCUGUGGUAGCCAUCAUCGAAGUGGAAGUCCAGCUCGUUGACGAGGACACCAGGGAAUCCAUCUUCCACGACGUCUUCUGCCAGCAGGGUCCACCGGACGCCACGGUCAUCCUCUCACUCACGGAUCCCCAUGGCAACCAGGUAGUGUUUGCUGAUGAUGAGAUGGACGCGGUGCUGGAUCUGACGGCUUCAGAGGGAGAAGCUAUCCUCGUCAGGUUUGUUGGAUCUGACAUGCUGGUCACGUUCCGGCAUGGACACAGUGCUCUAUCAGCCCGGGAUAAGCUCAACAACCAAACCAUUGGACACAAGGUGCUUCAUGUGAAGCUCAAGAUGGAGAAGUGGUUGGAGCUACUGGAGAAGGAGCUGGCCAUGUGCAGUCCAAACACGGAGAGGCUUUUCAACCCGGUCUCUAGCAGUCUCCUAGGAGAAUCCUUUGAUGUGCCAUCAAUGAGCUUCGACCUUGAAGAGGAAGACGAGAAUGGCCAAGACUUUGGAUCUCUCAAACCGGAGCUCCAAGCCCCCCUCCUACCAACCCUGGGUGCCGGGUCACGAUCAGGCACGCCCUCUCCCACCGUAGAGCUGCAGGAGGGGGCAGGGAGGCCCAAGAGGCCGCCACGCCCUGCCAAACCAGGCAGGCCUCCUCCUAGGGGAGGUAAUGGGGAAGAGGUCCAGGCUGAGGUGGAAGUCAAAGUUACAGCACAGAAGCGCGUACCCCCUACCAGGCCCGGUCCACCAGUGCGCCCCUCUAGACCCAACAUGCCGCCAGCGAGACCACAGGCACCACCGGUAGACGAGGCCAAGAGGAAACCAGAUGCCCCCGUAGCAAGGCCCUCCUCCAUAAUCAGUGAUCCGUACCAAGUGAGUCAUACCCUGCAUGCCGCGAGCCAGGAUGACGCCAUCAGACUUCUACAGGAAAUCGGCGUCAGUGUACCCCCAUCCCUUACCUCCCCACCUCCCGAUGCUCCCAAGGUACCGACAGUGGCACCACGAUCUUCCGCCUCUUUGAAAAGAACUACCAGAGGUGCUACAAUGAGUGUUGAUGCAUUCAGUAGUGGUGACAGUGUACCCCUUUCCCUAACCACUCCGCCCCCUGAUAUUGUAAAGGUACCGACCGUGGCACCACGAUCUUCUGGCUCUUUGAAAAGGAAUACCAGUGGUGCUACAAUGAGCGUUGAUGCAUGCAAUAGUGAUGUUAGUGUACCUUCUUCCUAUACUACCCCACCCCCUGAGAACGUCGAGGUUCCAACCGUGGCACCACGGUCUUCUGGCUCUUUGAAAAGGGGCACCAGUGGUGCCACUUUUGAUGAAUACAAUAAUAAUGCAGCUGUGCAGGAUGGGAAUGCUUUGAGGUCAACUGAGGGUGAAAAGGUACCUGUAGUGGCACCACCUCGUCCAAUGCCAAGACAGAGGAGUUCAAUAAUCCCAGAGUCUAAUUCCUUUGUCCAUCAGGAGCCACAACAAGAUCGACCAACGGCAGAGGUUCCACCAACCAGGGGACCUGUUCCAGCCAGCAGGCCUCCAACAAGACCAGCACCGCCAAUGGCUGAAGGUGCUUCAGAGUCACCAGCUGUGUUGUCCAUUGCACCGCCUGUACCAGGAAGCAGACCUCAGAGACCAAGCGCACCAGAAGCAGAGGAACCACAAUUCAUUCAGUCGGUACCUGAUAAAAUGCCUAAUGUACCACCAAGACCAUCGGCACCUCCACGGUCUGCCAGCAACGACGCCUUCACCGAAGUCUCAUUAGAGCAAGCUUCCAUGAGCACCAACGGCACCGUAGCUCAAAAUGCAGCACCGCCUGUACCACGAUCACGCCCAGGGAGACCUCCUCAGAGAGUGGUUGAACCGGAGGAUAACUUCUACCUAGAAGCCAUGGCGAUUGAAACGGACUCCACAGACAACUUCCUCAAUGAGCAAUUUGGACCGUCCGAAGACCCGCCCGCUUUCAGUCCUCCUGAUUUCCCACCCCCUCAAGAUCCUGGUCCUGCUGGUCCACCUAUGGUACCACCACCGGUACCUCGCAACAGACCCAGACCUACACCAGGUGCAAUUGUCCCACCCCAGGUACCGUCUAGACCAGGUAUUAGAUAAUAGAUGUCACUCUGCAAGAUUGAUAACAUGUGAAACCCCCGUUCAUAAUUGUCACCCUUUUUCAGACGUGACAUAGUAAACUGCCACAAGAAAUUGAAAUAAGAGAUGAAUUUGAAAAAAGUAAAGUGGAAUAAUAUACACAUCCAUAUACAUAUGUGUCUAUUUUUAGGAACUCUAUUACAACGCAUCAGCAUAGCAUAUCAUUAAUAAACUGUUUUGAACAUUGAGAACUAUUAGCAAUUGUGCAAAAUAAUUAGAAUAUUAUUCUGCAUGUUAUUAUAACAGACAGAUAUUGAGAACCCUCUGGUGCGUUUGUUGCUUGUAGCUACUCUAUUACUUCUCCCGAUGCCAUUCAUUUACACAAUAGUUUUUAUUCGCCAAAGCAUUAUUUAUGUUCUUGAACAGUUAACUGUGUCAUGGUUUAAAAAGGCUUAGAUUUAUAUGAAUUUAACAUGUAUUUUUGUUUCGUUGAUGUAGUGUUUUCAAUUAUUUCAUUGUUUGAUAUAGAAAAUUGCAAUAAUAUAUCAUGUACAUGUAACUGUCUAUUUUAUGACCUCUAUAAUAACUUAUUCUUAGGAUAUCAGAAUAAUCAACUGUUUUAAUCAUUGAGAAUUAUUAGAAAGUGUAUAAAAUUAUUAGAAUAUUAUAUAUCAGUCAAUUUGUUAUGAUGAAUAAACCAAAGCUGUGAAAACAACAAGUGCUCCAGUGUUAAAGGUCAAGUGAAUAUUCAAAUCUGAUUCAAAUCUAUCAUACUAACCUCAUCAUUUUUGUAAGGUGCAAUACAAAUUAAGAGGUAUUAAAGGGAGAGGUGUUUCAGUUUCCAUGUGCAGAAGGUCAUCAUUAAGACACAAGACUUUGUGGAAAUACCAUUAAUAGGUGACAAAGUCUACACACAGCGAAUCCGUAGGCCUAUCAAGAAAUCCCCCUUGGUCUCUCGGAGAGUCUUUGGGUGAUGCAAAUGUCAGAUAAUGACAUAUGGGAGAAUGGGUGGAAAAGGCAGAGCAUUAUAUAAAGUCGGUUGUUCAUUAUAACCUGAAGGUUAAUCCUGUAAAUUGAGAACACCUGUUAUUGGGUAAACACCAGAAUGGUGUCAAAUUCCCCAUGAGAGCCCACUUCUUUGUUUCUUUAAAGGUAAAGACCAGUUCU